GAGCUAAUCAACCGGUAUCUGUAAUUAAUUCCACUAUCACUGGAAAAACAAUAACAAGGAAAACAGCAUUUCUACGACAUAUUUAUAGUUAUCGCGAAAACAAUAUGUGUUAUUCCUCGCGUCGAUCGCGGCAGCAAUCACCGACGUCCCCACUGUGCGCUAAAUGAAGAAAAUCUUGUUCCGCGGCCUUGUUGCAGGUCGGUCUUCUGCGUGCAAGUGCAACCGUACCGAGCAAGCACGUCACAAAGUGUUUGCACUCGGUCAGAUAAAAUCGCAAUCGCUCUCGGUGGGAAGUUUACGUUGACGGCUGCAUCUGACCGAGUCACAAUGAUUCCGACUCACAAUCAGUAGAACAAAACGGUUCGUAAAAUGGACACCUGUGCAAUGAUGAAAAAUUUUGCCGCGUCAUCUGUCUAGUUUUUUGAAAUUAAAUAAAAUUUAUUUCCAUUGGAAGACAAAGGCAAGCAAACCUAUUCUUGUUCAGUGGUACGAGAGGCGAAGUGGCAUGUGUCUAUAGAAGGGAUCGUCGAGUCUACGGAAGUAAGAUACGCGCGCCCGUGGAAGAUUGUUCGAUUACGCUCCUCGAUUUGUGAAUGCUGACUAGUUCGACCCACCUCAUUAAAAGACGCUUCGAGCCUUCGAAGGUAGACUGCGUCAUUCUUAUUCGACACAAAAAAAGGAGGAGAAAAAGGGAGGAAAAAAGGGAAGAAAAAGAUCGCGAACGACCAGAUCGAAAGGUAUCCAGCGUCAAAAGCAUGAUACGUGCCAGAUUUUUUAUUCGCGAGAUCAAUGGCUCGCAUUUGUCAUCAAAAGUGCAAUGUCGCGCAAGAUCGGUCGCUUAUCCGAUCGAACAUAAUGAAACGAAAGAUGUGAACAACGAAACGCAAUAUGCGCGGCCGACCAAAGAUAUUCCGGGACCGAAAGCGUUGCCUUUGCUUGGCAAUUGGUUCAGAUUCCUACCAUACAUAGGUGAAUACGGCGGACAAGACACUAUAACGCAAAUGCGGAUGCUGCGUGAUCAGUACGGCGAAAUCGUUAAAUUGGAUAAGAUAGGAGGUCGCAGAUCGGCAAUCUUUCUAUUUUCACCGGAGCUAUGCGAGAAAAUGUAUCGGGUGGAAGGCGCGUGGCCGACGCGGAUUGCUAUGGAGACUCUACACUAUUAUCGCACAAACAGGACACACAUCUAUAAUGGGCAGUACGGCCUCGCAACAAGCCAGGGCAAAUUGUGGCACGACUUUCGGUCGAAAGUCAAUCCGCACAUGAUGCAACCACGUACGGUUAAGGCACACGUAGCGCAGAUCAGCGAGGUGACCAGCGAGUUCGUGGACAAGAUGCGAGCACUGAGGGAUCCUGAAACCCUGGAGUUGCCGAGCGACUUCAAGAACGAAUUGCAAAAGUGGGCCUUAGAGUCAAUAUGUUCGAUCGCGCUGGAUUGCCGACUAGGGUGCUUGAAGCCUAAUCUUGCCGCGGAUUCGGAACCGCAAAUAAUGAUUAAUUGCGUGCACGAGAUGUUCGAUCUCAUGUACCGCAUGGAAAUUCUACUGUCUCUGUGGAAGGUGUACAAUACACGGAAUCUCAAGAAGUUCUUCCGUGUGCUGGAUACGCUUAAUGGAAUUGCCAGUAAACACAUCGAAAGAGCUAAGACGAAGUACGAAGCAAUGGGCGAUAGCGCGGAUCUGGGCGAACGUAGUAUAUUACAGAAACUUUUGCGUAUCGACAAGCAAACGGCACAGGUAAUGGCGCUCGAUAUGCUAACGGCUGGUGUUGAUACGACUGGCAACGUGUCCGGCAGCUUGUUGUAUUACAUCGCGAAUAAUCCAGAGAAACAGGAAAAACUGCGGGAAGAAGUAAUGUCCGUGUUACCGGACAAAACAUCGCCCGUCACGCAGGACGUCCUAAAUCGUACGAAAUACGCUAAGGCCUGCAUCAAGGAAUCCCUUCGAUUGUUCCCCAUCGCUGUUGCCAAUCUCAGAACUAUGCAAACUGAUGUUUGCAUAGGAGGGUAUAGAAUACCAGCAGGAACCGACGUCAUCGCUGGCCACUCUCUGAUCGCGAAGGAAUCCACGGAGUUUUCGCGAACGCAGGAGUACAUUCCCGAGAGAUGGUUGCGAGAUAACACGGAGUUUCCAUCAGCCAAGGAGGCGCAUCCCUUCGCGUACAUGCCUUUCGGAUUUGGCCCUCGCACCUGCAUCGGCCGACGAUUCGCCGAAAUGGAGCUCGAGACGUUACUCUUGACAGUCAUACGAAAUUUCCGGAUCGAAUGGCAUCACGGACCGCUCGAGUACGAAAGCCGAUUUAUAAACACGCUGGUGUCACCGAUGCGAUUCAAGCUCGUCGAUUUGUUCUCCGCCGAGACAGCCUCGUUCUCUCACGCCAGUUUCCUCGCGUUCCGUCCCGCAGCUCGAAAAAAAUAUACGAAUUACACGAUGGCAUCGGAAAACACGAUCAUGGACUCGGACUGCAUGACGCUGACGAGAUUCGUGCUGGCGGAGCAGCGCAAGGUGCCAACGGCGACCGGCGAUCUUACGCAGCUACUGAAUAGCAUACAGACCGCCGUAAAAGCCGUCAGCUCGGCCGUGAGGAAGGCCGGUAUCGCUAAUAUGUAUGGCAUCGCCGGCAAUAUCAACGUUCAGGGUGAGGAAGUCAAGAAGCUGGACGUCCUGAGCAACGAGCUCUUCAUUAACAUGCUGACGUCAUCCUUCACCACGUGCGUGCUCGUGAGCGAGGAGAAUCAGCACGCUAUCGAGGUGGAAACGGAGAAGAGCGGCAAGUACAUCGUGUGUUUCGACCCGCUCGACGGCUCCUCCAACAUCGACUGCCUCGUCUCGGUGGGCUCGAUCUUCGGAAUUUACAAAAAAUCCGAACAAUCCGGGGAAUCCACGCUGCAGGCCGCGCUGCAACCGGGACGGAACUUGGUCGCGGCCGGAUACGCUCUAUACGGCUCGGCGACUAUGAUAGUGCUCUCGAUCGGCCGUGGCGUUAAUGGGUUCAUGUACGAUCCGGCCAUCGGAGAAUUUAUACUGACCGAGAAAAACAUGCGUAUGCCUGACAGAGGCAAUAUAUAUAGUAUUAACGAAGGCAACGAGAGCACGUGGGACUCGUCUAUCAAGGAGUACGUACAUUCCAAGAAAUAUCCCGCAACCGGAAAGCCCUACAGUGCAAGGUACGUGGGCUCCAUGGUCGCCGACGUACACCGUACGAUUAAGUACGGCGGUAUCUUCUUGUAUCCCGCGAGCAAGAGCAAUCCCAACGGCAAGCUACGACUUCUGUACGAGUGCGUACCGAUGGCUUUCCUAGUCAAGGAAGCCGGCGGUCUGGCGACAAACGGAAAAAUUGAUAUUCUGGACAUCGUUCCGGAGACCAUCCAUCAGAGAUCACCCAUUUUCUUGGGCUCGAAAGACGACGUUAACGACGUAAUGGCCGAGACGGCGGGCGCUGAUAACGUUGCUAUUUAUUCUGCACGCACGCCCGGCUCUCUCCGGCUUAACCUCUUCACGGCGUGCAGCCCGGAAUGCAUCAUAGGAGCACGACCGACUAUUGAUCGGCCGGUCGACAGUGCGCCAGCGCAAGUCGAGGCCGGACGGACGAAGAGAGGCAUUCAUGAGCGCGAGCCGCCCUCGGCCGUAGUGCGUUUUGGUCGACAUUUGGCUGCCUAUGCUCGUCGUCCCACGGAAGCGCCCUUAGAUUCUACCAUAAUGUCCGGUGACAGGGAUUAUAUCGGCUUCGCGACGCUGCCGGAGCAAGUGCACCGGAAAUCGGUGAAGAGGGGCUUCGAGUUCACCCUGAUGGUAUUGGGUGAGACCGGUCUCGGCAAGUCGACGCUCAUAAACAGCCUCUUCCUCGGGGACCUGUACAAGGACCGGCGAAUUCCGGAUGCGGCGGAGCGGGUGGCUAAGACCACCUCUAUCGAGAAAAAGACAAUGGAUAUAGAGGAGCGUGGCGUUCGGCUCCGCUUAACGAUCGUAGACACGCCAGGAUUCGGCGAUGCGGUAAAUUGCGAGGAUACGUGGAAAGCGUGCUCGGCUUACAUCGACGAGCAGUUUCGCCAGUACUUUACGGACGAAAGCGGAUUAAAUAGGAAAAAUAUCCAAGAUAACAGGGUACACUGUUGUCUGUACUUUAUACCACCAUACGGCCACGGCCUCAGGCAGAUCGAUCUCGAGGUAUUGAGGCGCCUACAUCGGAAAGUUAACGUCGUUCCCGUAAUCGCGAAAGCGGACACUUUAACCACUCACGAGGUGAAAAAGUUAAAGGAGCGCAUUUUGGCGGACAUCGAGGAACACGAGAUUCAGAUAUACCAAUUCCCGGAUUGCGACAGCGACGAGGACGAGGAGUUCAAGCAACAGGAUAAGGAGCUGAAGGCCUGUAUACCGUUCGCGGUCGUCGGAAGUUCGACGGUGCUGGAGGUCGCCGGAAGGAAAGUUCGCGGCCGGCAGUAUCCGUGGGGCGUAGUGGAAGUCGAGAACCCGAAGCACAGUGACUUCGUCAAACUGAGGACGAUGCUAAUAUCGACGCACAUGCAGGAUCUAAAGGACGUCACGCAGGACGUUCACUACGAGAAUUUUCGGGCCCAAUGUAUUUCUCAAAUUUCGCAGCAAGCGAUCCGGGAACGGAGCAAACUGAAGAGAGAUUCCGGACCGCACUUCGAGAACAGUAUAUCCGACACGGACAGACUUCUUUUGCAGAAAGAUGAGGAGAUACGGAGGAUGCAAGAUAUCCUGGCGCAGAUGCAAGAGAAGCUCAAGGCGACCGGUCAGGUCGGCGGCGGUGUCGGAUUGCGAGGCCGCGUGGGUAGCCUCGGCAAUGAUCUCGAUUCCGCAGAUGUGGACAAGAAACGUAACAGUAUUAUAGACGUUUGAAGCGUAGAUUAUUCUCGGGAUACAUAUGUGUAUCCGGAAUGUAUAGGGCUUACCCUCCCGAGAGAUCUGUACAUAUUUCGUUCGACAGAUCAUCUUGACAUUACAUAUAAUUCUCGAGAUCGUAGCUUUAGUAUAAAUUUUCUAACUUUCGAAAUUAUAUAAAUUUUUAAAUUAUAUUUGCUUUAACCCUUCGCAAGUAACGUCGGGUCACUCGUGCCCUGGCGAAAGUGACUGUCCUGUAUAUCAAGUGUCUGUUUAUAUAAAUAUAUUGUUUAAACAAAUGAAAAAAUCGGCAAUAUCGCGAUUGAUCCUUAAAGUAGGAUAGUUAAUAAGGUAACAUGAAUUUUUUAAGAUUUCUUUAGAACACUAAAGUAUUUUUUAAGCGUCGGAAAUGAGUGACCCGACGUUACCAGUUACAGGUGCCGAAAAAGAUGUUACCCGCAAAGGGUUAAGUUAUAGAAUAUAAUUAUAGAAGCGAAUUUAUUACUAAAUAUUUCAUUAAUAUUUAUUAUUAAAUAUUUGCUCGUGUAUAAUAAACAAAAUUAAAGCCGACUAAUUGAAAUUCGAGUAAAAUAAAUUUGUCUCUAUCUAGAAGAAUUAGAAGUAGAAUUAGAAGUAAUUAUUAAAAUCAUUAAUUUCUUCUCGAUCACGUGCUAUCUUUUAUCACCGUUCGAAAGGGUAGACAAAGUAAUAGAACUGCCAAAGAUUCACCGAUGCUUAUCCGAAUAUUCGAUCAAAUCGAAUCCUGUACAGGUCUGUCGACUACACUCAAUACCGCUAACGUCAGUGAUACGCGAGAUCGGAAUGUAUUUUAUACUUAUACGUGCAUAGCUAAUUUAUACAAAUAAUAAACACGCGUAGUCGUAUCAGAAACUAUCGGGAGAUAUAUAUGUAUGUAACACUGCGUGUUCGUUGCAAAACGGACGUCGUAUAACUGAUCGCACAAUAAGCAUUGAAAUUCUCGGUGGAAGAUUCUCCCGUUUGGUUUAUCGUUCAACGCUAGUAUCAGAUUUAGAGUCCCGAGUGUAUGCCAAAGAAUUGCGAAAAGUAUUAAUUAGAAUUAACGUUCUAAAUAUACGCACAAUAAUCCGUAAUUAUAUAGAAUUCUAUAAGAAGAGUGUGUGUGUGUGAGAUAAAUUCAGUUGGAGAAACCAAAGAUCCGCGAUUUGCAGUCACUAUUUUACUGAUUUUUAAUAUUUUGUUUAAAUUCUUUUCUUGUGAGAAGGAAUGCGUAGAUGUUUUGUAACAAUAAACACAUUAUACCGUAAAAACGAUACGGUCAACUCGAGUCUCAACAAU